GUUCUCAUGCAGAUUCGUCCGUUUCACGUGUUGCGUACGCGCGUAUAUAUACACACGCUUGGAUCACCUGUGGUCGGACAUAAGGCUGGCCACAACAGCAGCGAAAAAGUUGUACUUACCGAUGGCUGUCAUCGCUUUUUCUGACAGAUGUUUUUACGUGCUCAAUCACGCGAGUUUCGCCCCGUCCUAACAGAUUCCGAAUCCAGCGACUAUCCCGCCUCGAGGACAGUGUUCGUGAACCCUGUACCGUCGCGAUAAUCUGUGCGACCGAGUUUGGACCGGACCGGAGGAGCGUGCUUGUUGUUCAAAAAGUUUCAAGGGUGCGUCAUCAGAAUUCCGAGGAUCGCGGAUCAACUCGCGCGUGUAAAAAAGAUCGGUUGUGAAAAAACGAAAAAGGGGGUGGACGAGAGUAAUAAAAGAAGUGCGGAACGGGAUCGCAUCAGUGCCGAUUAAGAGAGAGAGAGACAGAGACUGAAAACAAAGGGUAUGGCGAAAACGUAUGAUUAUUUGUUCAAGUUGUUGCUGAUUGGUGACUCAGGGGUCGGGAAGACGUGCGUCCUCUUCAGGUUCUCCGAGGAUGCUUUCAACACGACCUUCAUCUCGACCAUUGGAAUUGAUUUUAAAAUAAGAACAAUAGAAUUAGACGGCAAGAAAAUAAAACUACAAAUAUGGGAUACAGCUGGCCAGGAAAGGUUUCGUACGAUAACGACGGCGUACUAUCGCGGUGCGAUGGGCAUAAUGUUGGUCUACGACGUGACCAACGAGAAGAGUUUCGAGAAUAUAAAGAACUGGAUAAGGAACAUCGAGGAGAACGCGUCGGCCGACGUUGAAAAGAUGUUGCUUGGCAACAAGUGCGAGCUCACGGAGAAGAGACAAGUCUCGAAAGAGCGAGGGGAGCAACUCGCCGUCGAAUACGGUAUCAAAUUCAUGGAGACCUCGGCCAAGUCCAGCAUUAACGUCGAGGAGGCCUUCUACACCCUCGCGCGGGACAUUAAGGCUAAGAUGGAAAAGAAAUUGAAGGAGGCAUCGAAUCCACCGAAGGGCGGCGGACAUCAGCUGAAAGCAUCCGAGCCACAGAGGAAGCCACCAAGUUGGCUCGCGCGAUGCUCUAUACUCUGACCCAUCAGCCGGCGCAUCCUCGACCGUCACCCUCCAACUUUUAUCUUCGGUCUCCGUCGCUCGCCGAUGCACGACGCCGCGAGUAAUUCUGUGAUUUUACUCCUUGACGGCCACCUUCGUUUCCCUCCGUCGCUGCCGGUCACCCUUUUUUACUGAUUCAAAUCUGAUAGGGGGUCUUUUUAUCCUGGAGGAGGAACUCUCUCUCUCUCUCUCUCUCUCUCUCUCUCUCUCUCUCUCUGUUUCUUUCACUCGCUCGCUCACUCUUUGCCCAGUCUAGUUACCCAAAAAGAAAAUCUUUCCCACGCAAAAUAAUCGCGAAUUGUGAUAAUUUUUGAUAAUUUUUUAAAACGACGCUCAUUCAGAAGAACACAUCGCUAACAAAUAGUUUGCAAGUUGUCGCGUUCGAGCAAAAUCUAAUGGAGUCUCGUAACACGUUGCGCGAAAGUCUUUUUAGAACGAUCUAGAUUGUAAAUCGUGAACUGCGCGCGUGUGAUUCUAUAAUUUCUGUUUAGCGUACAACUAACUGAUGUAACGUAUAGAGUACGCGUACACAAGCUUCGCUGUGAAUGAAAGUAAUAAUCGUCGACAAGCCAGGAAGGACACGUUCCCAAGCAAUAAAUCGUUGAACCGUUUUUUACGCGUUUGACCUGUGUAUCUUAGAAGUAUCUAUUUCUCUCCGUCUGUUUCUCCGUUCUCGUCUGCACAAUUGUACUAGCAACUUUGUGCUUGUAUUUUAUAAAAGGAAAAUCUGACAAUUGUUCGGAAAAGUAAGUGAAACGUUCGAAGGUAGGAAGGAAGGCGUUGGACACUUCACGGUUCGAAUAUAACAAAUUGUAAGUGUUCAUCGUUACCAUCGGUUCAUACUCCGGCGUCUUCCUCUCUUCGUUCUUCGAUGUUCCAGUUUUCAAAGACUUUUGUCACUCGUAUUUUUUACUAGAGCGCGUAGAGACGGCGGAAACGCGCGGCGUGUUUGUGAGGAUUUUGUGUUCCGUGUGUCGUGCAUACGCCAAGUUUCUCCUCCACGUUCACGAUCAAGGGGUACGACGAUUCUUUUUUUUUUAAUUGUUUUAUUUAAAAGGAACGAACACCGGUACGAGGAAAAAAAGGAAUGACGAGAAAGGGAAGAGAUUUCUCCGCACGUCGAACGAGAAAUCUCUUCCUUGUUCGAAUCGAUUCGUUUCUGAUUCGUUUGUAAGACACAUGUGCAAAAUGGGGGUGCGGAUAGGUGAACAAUGGGCGGUCAUUUUUUAUAUAUAAAUAUAUAAAUAAAUAUAUAAAUAUAUUAUAUAUAUAUAUACAUACACACAUCGUCAAGUUAGCUUUUUCACCGGAUCGAGGAUUGAACUCUUUGUUGAUUAAUUCGUGUUAAUCGAUUAGCGCAAAUUCAUUUGGAUACGACUCGGUCAAGAGAAGGUUUCUUUCGAUUUCUUUUUUAUUUCUCCCUUCUAUCGUUGAAGCAAUCUAACUAUAAUUGAUUAAUAAUGGAACACGGACCUCGUCCACGUUCGAAACGCUUGUUAUAAUAGUUUUUCAUCUCCCGGGCGAACAGACUGGCUAUCCUUUUUCCUUUUUACAAUCGUAAACCAGAGGAAAAGGGAGUCCCUCUCUGUGUUUCCGACUUAUACUUAAAAAUAUACAAUUAUUAUAAUACAUUUUAUAUCAAUCCUAUUUCGUCUGUUUUUAUUGUUGACACCCGCCUUUUCCUUUGACGUCGGUGAACGAUUCUAUCUCAUUGUUAUCAAUUAAUUACGCGGUUUCAUUCGUAGUGUAUUAUUUAUAUGAUUCACUCCUUUUCCUUAAUGUAGCGGAUAGAUACACGGCGCUGUGUGAAAAUGCGAACUUUUGAUUUCGGUUCUGAAUGGUGGGACAAAUUGAGAAUACGGCAACGAAGUUAAACGGCUAACCGACAUAAUCACGAAACCGCGAACAAGGGUGGCGUUGUAUAUAUACACGAACAAAACAAAUUAUUAGUAAUUUUUUAAACACACGUUUUAUAACGAUAAGCAAUGUAACUUUGUUUCGAGAUAAAGACCUUCGUCGCAUUAAUUAUCAGAUGUAAACGAAAUAUACUGGAAAGGAAAUAAACAUUGGUAAUCAUCGAA